GUUUCUUUCCUUCCUCCUGUGUGAAUAUUUAUAACAAUGUGUGUGUGUGUGUGUGUGUGUGUGUGUGUGUGUGUGUGUGUGUGUGAUGGAGAAACCUGGAGCAUUAGCGGAGAGAAGGAGAUGAGCCAGAUGUUGGACUGUGUGUCUUUGGCCUCCUACACUGAAUAUCCCACCGAGCGGCCGUUCAUCAACACACACAUCAACACACACCGUUCUGCAAAACCGGUUAAAGCGUUUCCUGAGAGCAGCAGUGCAGCGAUCCUCUCCGCUCUGCAAAACCUACAGGAGAAGAUCCACAGGUUGGAAUUGGAGCGAGUGCGAGCAGAGCGGAACCUGAGGAAGCUCUCGGGCGAGAAUCCGCACACGGGGAACAUUCCGGAAAGAAAACCACACGAGAUCAGGGACUCGCACAGACCCAGGAAACAGGAGUUUGCCUCUCAGUUAGCAGCAGCUGAAGUUAAAUGCAAUCUGUUGGAGAAGCAGCUGGACUUAAUGAAGAGGACGGUGAGGAACACAGAGUCUGACCGAACAACCGUCCUCAAACACCAGGAGUGUGUGAGCGGCUCGAGUGAUGUGUGUGAGAAGUUGGAGAAGUUGGAGCAGGAGUACAGGAGACUGACACACACUCAGAACAAUGCUGAGUCCAAAAUCCGAGAGCUGGAGUGUAAACUGCAGGAGGAGGAACACCACAGGAAACUCAUACAGGAUAAAGCUGCUCAGUUACAGACAGGCCUCGAGGCCAAUCGUAUUCUGAUUGAGUCAGUGUCGACCCGCCCACACCGCGCCUCCAAGAACACAAAGAAGAAACUCACAUCCAAGAAGCCUUUGCAGCAGAGACAUUCUCACACACAGCCACACUACAGACUGAGUCUGGGGGACGUACCGUUUGUGGCUGGAACAUCCACAGGGACGAGUCACUCUGUCCGCGCUAACGUGCAGCACGUCCUCCACCUCCUGAAGCAACACAACCGUCAGCUGUGUAACGAGCGUGUGCUGGGAGCCACACCCCUGACCAAUGGGAAAGAGGCUUCAGAGCAUCAGUCAUGGAGUAGCUCCUCCUCUCUCCCCUCCUCCUCUUCCUGUAAUGAGGAGCUCUCAGAGCUGCUGCAGGCUCUACAGGACGAAUUCGCACACAUCAGCUUCGAGCACCAGGAGUUGGGGAAGCAGGUCCAGGCGUGCCGUUCUGACAGAUUGAGGCAGGAUUUGGAACGAGAGUUAGAGAACCUGGUGAAGAAGAUGGAGGAAAAAGGAGAACAGAUCGCUAAAGUGCGACGACAUCAGGCUCAGUUGGAGAAGUUGACGAAGCAGUCUCGUCAGCGUGAAGGUGAGCUGAAGGUCAAGUCCAGACCAGGAGAGCGCAGUAAGGACAGUCUGCGUCUGCUCAAGGACAUGCGCACACUGCAGACCUCACUGCGCACGGACCAACACCACUGGGAUUACUGACACUCUCACACACACACACACACACUCUCUCACACACACACACACACACACACACACACACACACUUCACCAGGAAUCAGGAGGGACAAGCUCAGGUUAGUGGUCCGGAUACACACAGGGAAGUUCUAAUCAUACAGAAAUCUGAGUUCACUGUCAGGAACCGUUUUUAUUUCUGUGCUAAAAAACUAACACGGUUUUGUAAAAUGAUUUUUCUCAUACGCAAUAAUACGGAGUGUACCACAAGUCCAGCAUCAGAGGAGGCAAAAAUACAAACAGCAAAACAAAUGCUUUUAUUUAUUUCUUUUUUACAGAACAUGCACACUAUUAUUCUCAAUACACAACUAGAAUGACUUGGAUUUGUAUUUUGCUCAGAUACAUAUCUGUAAAGAUAUAAAAAUAUACAUUACCCCUGUGAUUCUGGACUUGUGGGACAUGCUGCAUUAUUAAACCAUAAAACUGAAUAGAUUUAAAGAAGACUGCUCAUACUGAAAAAUCAAUAAACAUCCUAAGAGAAAUGUGCAAUAACUGAGUCAGUAUCAGGUGUUGGGAAAUAAACAAUGUAGGACUUGGAAAUUAUAAAGAUGAGAACUUCACAAAAAUGUCAGAACUUUAUAACUAUUACCUUUUUGCGACCUCAGAAUUUUAGUUAUCUCUUAAAUAAAUAAAUAAUUAGAGCAAUUACAGCAAUGCAGCACAUGUUCACAGAUGAUCAAAUGCAGGAGUUCUUAUACUUCUUAUACUUUCCAGUCAGGAUAACUGUAACUGGGGGAAAACAUUAUAAAAUAUUAAAUUGUUUAUUCGAGCUAGAGAUUUUUUUUUUUUUUAAUUUGUGAAUUUUCCACCCAUAGAAACCAUUUCUAUUAAAUUUUUAUUUCAGUUGCCAUUAUUUAUAGGGAUAAAAGAGAUGCUUUCCACCACUGCAAUAAAAGAAAAACCAUCAUGGACAUCUUUAAGAACCAAGGUUCUAAUUUAAUGUGAAAAUUGCUUUAGUAGCUAAUUAAUUUUUUUUUAUUUAUUUUUUUUUUUAAAUAAAUAAUUCGUACUACAACAAAUUUAACCCACGCAGCUCUACAGCAGUCAGAAAGUUAUUUAAUCAUUUUAGUGCAUCAUUUAUUGUUUUUUUUUCCCUUUACCACAAAAAUGGUGCUCUUUCUGAUGACUGAUCCUCACGUACUGAAUUGUAGGUGUUUUUGUAAGACGUUUGUUUUGUACCACACAGGCCUUAAGCUGGAUUUCAACUAACUCGUAUCCCCUGAGUAAAAACACUGGUAGUGAUUGAUGGUGGAUUUAAACUGUAACUGUAUGUGGUCUUUGUGGAUAAAAUGACUGCAGAUUAUUCUAUAAGUGAGGUUUAAUGAGUGUAAAUCUGUACUGCAGGUAAGCAGGUGUGUGUUUGGAGACAAUGAACAGAUCAAUAUUCAGUGAUCACAUAAAGUGACUUGGAUAAAAGACAUGCUGACUCAAAGGAGAGACACUUUAUCCAAAUCGUAUCGUUACCAUGAAAAGAAUAGAUCAGAAUGAUGUUCAUUAUUAUCCUUAUAGUAAUUGCAGUGGCAGAAGAAUUUUGACUAAAUCUGCACACAGAGUUUUUGCACAGAAAUUGCAGUUACAUUCCAUAUCCGGGGGGCCAACAUGUAUAAUUUUUGAUCUGUUAUUACUGCAGUAUGGGAGAUCCUUGAAAAUAAUGGUCAGAAUGUAUGCAUGGCUGAAAUUUUUGGGACUUGAAAAAAAACCACAUGCUUCAUUACUUUCGCGCCAUGGCUAUAACUAAGGGAACCUGUAAAUUCGCUUACUCUGGUCUUGUGAGCCAACAGAAAUCAAGAAGGCAGGACUUUGAGCAAAAAAAAAAAAAAAAAAAGCUUUGACAAUUAUUAAAGUAGCAUCUCAUUAACUUUUGCCUCCCUUACUGUUGCUUGGUGCACAUCUGAAAAUAGCUAGCUCAUGCUACUCCGACGCUCUCACCUAAAUCACACACCAUUAAGAUAAAAUGUUAAGUGUAUAAAGUAAGCUUUUACACUUCAUAAAUACAAACAUUUGUGCAGCCUGCAAUUAAAUAUCAGUUCAACCAAAAUACAUUUUAUAAUUUAUGCUGUUAGAGUGGAGCCAUCUCGUGCUGAGGUAAAAAUUCUGUAAUAAAAUUCCAUUUUGUUUCUCUCUGCCUGUUCAGAUUUUCAUGUUAGCGACGGUGUUAGCGACAGUGGCACCCCUGUGUACAGGAUCAGUAUAAACCCUGCUGUAAGAGUGAUGUGAUCAUCAGGGACUUGUGAUCGGUUUAUUAGUAUCUGAUCUGUGUUUGAUGGAUUAAUAAUCUUCUCAAAUUGUUAUACUAUAUUUUAAUGAAAUUUUAAAUUUGAAGAUUAUGCAUUUUAAGAAACCAUAUGUAGGACCAACAUGGGAAAUUUGGAAUUGUUUAUUUAUUCUUCAGUGAUGUCCUUACUUAAUCAAACAUUCCUAAAAAAAAAAUAAUAAUAAUUUCCUAAUGAAGUUGUAAACAAUGUUUGUGUUUUUGGUUUUGAACUUCUUGCUGUUUGAGUUUGAAGUGUGUGAGAUUUGAUCUUUGGAGUAUUUUAUGCCUUAAUCGUUUUAAAUAAAGUAUUUAUUUUGUCUUAA